AACCGCAAGCCAGCUUUCGGUGUGCUCCAAGAUGGCGGCUUCCAUCGCCUCUUAGCUUCCAUCUCGUCCCAUUUGCGACUAAACCGCUUUUCCAGCGUCCGUCAAGGCUCAUGCAGAGGGAGAGGGGAACCGAAUGGUCGUCGAUGGCUGACGGAAGUGGUUUCCUCAUGGUAGCUCGGUGCGUGGAGCCGGUGUCGAUGUCGGCCUAAGGGAGGGCUGUCUUAACAGAGUAUGGCCACCGAGAACAGGAUCAAUUUUUGGAGGAGAAACGCAAAGGUUCCGGGAAGUUCACAUGUGGUCUUCUCCAGUGUGCAGCCUGUUUAUGGAGCACAGCAUCCUCCUCUCGACCCAUGCCUGCGACGCUCGUAUCCCAAAGACACAAAGCUGAAGUUAAACAAUCUCAAAUCUAAAAAGACCUCAAGCUUCCAUGAGUUUGCACGGAGCACAAAUGAUGCUUGGGACAUUGAUGACGAUGAGGAGGAUGACGAUUUCAUUGGUAACUCUACCCUGUGCUCUUCCCUGCCAUCGGAACUGCAGUCUGCAUUCACUCAGAAGCAGACGGGCGAUGCAGCUGCUGUCACACAAAGUGGGAUGUCACAAGCAACAGAGGACGACGCUGAGUGCGAGCUUGUAAACAGCAAAGUCAUCAAGUCAAACAGUGAGGUCCACCUUAGUACAUCCUCAGUGCGUGCGACACUGCAGAAGCAGCAUUCUCUCCCGGUUCGACCCAUCAUCCCUCUGGUGGCUCGCAUUUCAGACCAGAAUGCAUCAGGAGCCCCUCCCAUGACAGUGCGGGAAAAGAGCCGACUGGACAAAUUCAAGCAACUGCUGGCGAGUGCCAACACUGACCUUGAGGAGCUGCGGAAGCACAGCUGGUCAGGCAUACCGAGGGAAGUCCGUCCUAUCACAUGGAGGCUUCUCUCUGGUUACCUCCCAGCCAACAAGGACCGCAGGGAGCUUGUGCUCAAAAGGAAACGAGAGGAGUACUUUGGCUUCAUUGUGCAAUAUUACCACUCCAGAACAGAUGAGCACUAUAAAGACACAUACCGACAGAUCCACAUCGACAUUCCGAGGACCAACCCUCUGAUUCCAUUGUUCCAGCAGCCUGUAGUACAAGAGGUUUUUGAGCGUAUCCUCUUCAUCUGGGCAAUUCGACACCCAGCCAGUGGCUACGUCCAGGGGAUCAAUGAUCUAGUCACUCCCUUUUUUGUUGUCUUCUUGUCCGAGUUUGUCAUGGAGGAUAUGGAGAACUUUGAAGUGGCUGCUCUUUCUCUGGACAUUCAGAGAAACAUAGAGGCAGACAGCUUCUGGUGUAUGAGCAAACUGCUGGAUGGAAUUCAGGACAAUUACACCUUCGCGCAGCCAGGAAUCCAGAACAAAGUCAAAGCUUUAGAGGAGCUUGUCAGUCGGAUUGAUGAGGACAUUCACAAUCAUUUCAAAAAGUACGAGGUGGAAUAUCUGCAGUUUGCUUUCCGGUGGAUGAACAAUCUCUUGAUGAGGGAACUGCCACUCCGUUGCACAAUCCGUCUCUGGGAUACAUACCAGGCUGAAGCAGAAGGGUUCUCCCAUUUUCACUUGUAUGUCUGUGCCGCUUUCCUCAUUGAGUGGCGCAAAGAAAUUCUCUCCAUGGUUGACUUUCAGGGCCUUCUUAUACUACUGCAGAACCUUCCCACAAUCCACUGGGGUAACGAAGAAGUGGGGCUCCUCCUGGCUGAAGCCUACAGAUUGAAAUACAUGUUUGCGGAUGCUCCCAGCCACUAUAAGCGAUAGACUUUUUAUUUUAUAGCACAUGCAGCGCUUGAACAUUUGAAAGUCUCUGAGCCUUUUGAUUAGCUUACAAAGACACUCAGUCCUAUGAAAAUGAAUCCUCGUGGUGAAAAUCACGUUGGACUUGAUGGUGAAUGUGGAACUAUUUUGCCAUUCUCAUUUGCAAUUAACACGGGACUGUUACGGUAUAGAAGCACACACACACCUGCCAUCUUGCUCCAGUCAUGCAUCUCUUAAUUUUUCGUGUUUCAUGUAUUUUCCGGAGAACUUUCUGUGAUUUUAAAGGGAUAGGUGAAUGUCUUUAAUACGAUCCUUUUAAUCGAAAGCUGUGUACAGAUGAUAUUUUUACUUAUUUUUUUAAGUUAUUGAGUUCAGAAGUGUUGAGAAUUAACUACAAGAUAGUAAGAUAUACGAGUCUCAUACAUCAAAAUUGUUGAACACUCUAAAGAGUUUGGUGGGGGGAGCAUUAAACCUAUGUCACUUUCAACUCUUCCUUCAGACAAAUUUUCCUUAGAGUGAUGAAAAACAGAAAAUGGAUGGAUGGUCAGAAUUAUUUGCAAUGUACAAUCGGGUCAUCAGAAGGAGAGGUCCUUUUAUUCUCAAGAUUAGCAAGUUUUGGAAUUGUAUACAUAAUCUAAUUGCAUAAUUUACAGGUACAUAAAUUGAGAGGUGUAGACUUAAGAGUUUGGUGUUGAAAUUUGCUGUUACAUUUCACCUGGCGAAAAGCGUAAGAAAGCACUUUUUUUUUUUAAGUGGUUUACAGUACGUGUGAUUUUUACACCCUCCAAAUGUGGGAAAUGAAGACCGCCAGGCUAAUGUAGCUUUACCACUCUUUUUUUUUUUUUUUUUAAGUUGGUCUUAUUUUAUGAUUAAAGUAAUACAUUAGUUUCGAUUUGUAUGUUUCUGUCGAGGUCAUCAAAAUGGAACCAUGUACAGUAUUAUACUGGUAUGUCUAAGCUUGGAACUUUUGAGUUUCGAGGCACAAUUUUAGUCCCCUCCCCCGUAAUGAUUUUGCCAAAUGUCUCUGUAUGAUCGACGUAUAUACUAAGAGUAUUGCGUUACACGACUUCCUACGUACCCUGUUGGUUUUUAAUAUAAUUUAGUCAAUGGUACUGAAAAAUACUGGUACUUAGUUAAAGUACAGUCCUAUUGUACUUGAUUAGUCAGUCCUGUGAAAGGCAGUGUAGCUCAGCUCAGAAUAUGUGACAACGCCUGUGUAAUGUACUAAACUGCUGAUGUUUAUGGUGGGGGCAAAAAUGCUUUUGCAGCAUUCAUGCGACUUCUGUGUUUGUUUGUUUGUUUUGGAUGAGGUUAUUCUUGUGCCCACUUGAUGAAACGCUAGGUUAUUUGUCACCCAUUGCAGGUGAUCCUUUUAAUAGCAAAUGUUAAUUUGCUUCGUCUUGGGCCUGUGGUACAUUUAUCUCCUUUAAAUGUGCAUUCAUUUUUAUUGAAACGGCGAUCAAGUACAUUUUUUGUUUGUGAUGUUGCUAGUGUCAGACUUAUUGUGGACUGGAAGCCUGGCUUUAUGGCAGCUAUUCAACUAAAUGUUUUGAUUCAUGUUCAGGAAAAAUUCUGAUUUUCUAAUGUCAAUAAUCUGCAAAUCUUUUUUUAAGUGAGGUGCUUUUGCUACCUUGAUAUCUAAACAUUUAAAUAAAGUUUUAGCGCAGUAUAUGCAUUAUUUUUUUGCCAGUUUCCCUCCAUUUUGUUAGUGCUAAAAAUGUGGUCCCUCCAUGUGUUUUUCAUUCAGGUACAUUUUUUUCCCUUCUUCCCCACCAUUAAGGUAUUGUUCAUUCCAUGAUUGUUUUUCAUAUUCAGGCGUUAUGUAUUUGUGACCAAUUAAUGAAUGUCUGUUUCUGUUCAAUCAAUGCCAACUCUUUAUUUGGGUAAGUGUACGCUGUUGAAUUAGCAGACGUUUAAGCCUUAAAGAAAGAAUUUAAUUACAGUAUUCGCUGUAGUGUUCCUUGUUUAUAUUAAACGCUUGAUCUUCAUUUGA